GGUGGAGAGCAUUUGGAAGCAAUGAGCUUCGUGGGUUCGUCGUGAACUUUUGAGUUACGUGGGGCGUGAUCUACCUGAUAGUCUGUGUUUUGUGUCGCGAUCUUUUUCCUUUCGGUUUUGUUGUACCGCAGAGUGAAAUGAAGCUCGAUUCCAGUCAUUAGCUUCUUUUUUUAUCUUUUGUAGGGCAAAUUUCGAAGGCUUUCCAGCUUUGUGGUUUUGCUUAUGUCAAAUUUGUUGCGCAUCAUUGUUGCAUUUGCUUUUCGGGAUUGACAUUCGCUGGGUUCAGUUAUGAGGUGGAAUUUUAGUUGUUUGAGUUGAAGGUCUAUUUUGAGUGUUCUAGUUAUAUAUUGACGAGGUAGGGUUCUCUGGCUUCUUGAAUCAAGUUCAUUUCCUUGACCCCGAAUCGGUUUUGCCGUAUUCUCUUUCGAUUGUGAGGCUUGUAUGUACUUUUGUUGUUGUUGAGAAAUGUGGGUGUCGAUAUGCAAGGAGAUUGAGUUUUGACUGGAUAAGAUAAUAGUCUUUGCUUUACAUUUCCUUCUUCCAUUUCUGUCUUGAAUAUUCCUGCGCCAACGAUUGGAGAUGGUGGUUCCAUGGAUUUUGAAUUUACUGAAGGAGAAUGAAAAUUACAGAUUCGGUGCAAGAAAAUGGUGGUAGGGCUGGAACAGGGUUGAAGAAGAUCAUGCAGUGCCUCUGUUCGGGCGAGCAACUGAAUAGAGAUGACAUGGGUCAGUACGCUUAUACUGAAUCCCUUGCCACAAGGGAUUUUUCUGUGAGUGGGUUUUCUUCGAGAACUGGGGAGAGUGAACCACCAAAGCUUGAUAGAGGCAAUAUUGAAGAAGCUGAGUCAUCCCUUCGUGAAGGCCUUUGUUUGAAUUAUGAGGAAGCCAGGGCAUUGCUGGGACGACUUGAAUAUCAAAGAGGGAAUGUGGAUGCCGCACUUCAUGUAUUUGAGGGGAUAGAUGUUGCUGCAGUUGCACCCAAGAUUAAAUUGUCUAUUACAAGAAAAUUUGAACUUCGAAAACGGCGUCUUCAUAAUGAAGUUACUCCUCUAAUGAGCAUGCAUUCUGUUAGCUUGCUUUUGGAAGCUAUCUUCCUCAAAGCCAAGGCACUGCAGGACCUGGGAAGAUUUAAGGAAGCUGCUCAAUCAUGCAAAGUUGUUCUGGACACUGUUGAGACUGCAUUGCCCGAUGGCAUGCCAGAAAACUUUGGUGGUGAUUGCAAGAUGCAGGAAACCUUAAACAGGGCCGUUGAAAUGCUUCCUGAGCUGUGGAAACAAGCUAGUUAUUUUCAGGAAGCAAUUACAUCAUACAGGCGUGCCCUCCUUGUUCAUUGGAACCUCGACUCUGAAACCUGUGCAAGAAUACAGAAAGAGUUUGCUGUCUUCCUUCUUUAUGGUGGUACCGAUGCGAGGCCCCCUAACCUCCGGUCUCAAGCUGAAGGCUCUUUCAUACCCAGGAACAAUUUAGAAGAAGCAAUUUUACUUCUCUUGAUUCUACUGAGAAAGUUUAUUCUCAAGAAGAUUGAAUGGGAUCAGUCCAUUCUCCACCACCUUACGUUUGCAUUGUCCAUUUCAGGAAGCCUAAAGUCAUUAGCCAACCAGAUUGAGGAACUCCUUCCUGGUACAUUGGAGCGGACGUCCAGAUAUUAUACUCUUGCACUGUGUUACUUUGGUGAAGGUGAUGACUUGGUUGCUUUAAAUCUACUAAUGAAGAUGCUACAUAGCAGAGAGUGUCCAAAUUUUCUUCAUGCUUUGUUAGUUGCUUCAAGGAUAUGUGGGGAAAAAGACGACCAUGCUGAAGAAGGUGUUGAAUUUGCAAGGAGGGCACUCACAGGUAUGCUUGAAGGAUGCAAUGAAUUGGCUGGUGUUGCAAAUUGCUUACUGGGCACUGCUCUUUCAACUUGUGCUAGAUAUGCUGUUUCUGAUGUUGAGAGGAUCAGUAAGCAGUGCGAGGCACUUGGGGCCUUAGAAACAGCAUAUAGAUUGACAGGCGGGAAGGAUCCAAAAAUUGUAUUUCCUCUUUGCCUCGAAAAUUCUUUGCAACGAAACUUUGAUGUAGCACUUGCCCAAGUGAAGCAGUUGUUAACCAUGGAAGGUGGAUCUGCACUUGAAGUUUGGCUUCUAUUGGCUAGAAUAUUAUCUGCACAGGAGCGAUUUUUUGAAGCUGAGAGUGUCUUGAAUGCUGCAUUAGAUGAGACAGGAAAGUGGGACCAAGGCAAAUUGUUACAAGCAAAAGCAAAAGUCCAGAUUGCCCAGGGGCAGUUCAAAAAAGCAGUUGAGACAUACACUCAUCUUCUUGCUAUUCUCCAAGUUAGGAACAAAAGCAUGGGCAUGGCUAAAAAGGUGUUUAAGGGUGUAGGGGGUGACCGGUUACUGGAAAUGGAAGCAUGGCUUGAUCUAGCUUGUGUCUACAUUAAGAUGUCACAGUGGCAAGAUGCUGAAUUUUGUGUUGCAAAGUCCUCUGCAAUCAACCCUCAUUCAGCUUCAGGGUGGCAUACUAUAGGCUUGCUUAAUGAGGCCAAGGGUCACCAUCAAGAAGCUCUGAGUGCCUUUCUUAAUGCAUUGGAGAUAGAAGCGGACCAUGUCCCCAGUUUGAUCUCAGCAGCCUCUAUACUUAGGCAGCAAGGCGGCCGAUCAUCAGCAACUGCUCGUAGCUUUUUAUCUGAAGCACUUAGAUUAGACAGGACCAAUCAUUUGGCAUGGCUUGAUCUGGGGCUGCUUCAAAAGUACGAUGGUGGAUCUGCAUCAGAAGCUUCUGAUUGCUUUCAAGCUGCCGUUCUCCUCAAGGAAACAGGCCCAGUAGAGACUUUCAAAUAAUAUGUGCUUUUCUUGUAUAGAAACUAUUUCCAUGUUGUAAGAUAUCAGAGGAUGUAUUUAUCCGGUACUAAAUGUAUCACCUUGAAGCUGCGACGUGGCAUAAGGAUUCCCUGUCUUGUGUAAGGAUCGUCUCGAGAAUUGUUCCAGCAGAUGAUUUGGAGCCGUUAAUGAAACUUGUUCAUGCCACUCAUUCCUCAUCAAAUGGAAGUAUAGUUUUAUAUUGUAAUUCAAUAAUACAAGCGGGCCUAGUUUUGGUGCAUUAA